AUGGGCUUCCACAUCUCCUCCGAUAACGGAACCGGGUUCAGGGCUGAAGACACCGCCGCCGCGGAGAGUGAGGGAUGUCAUGGAGCAACUGGAAGACGGGCUGGACGGCAGUUGGAUACUGGGUUGGCUGCAGGAGCCAAUCGAGGAAGACCCAGGACUUUGGAUACCAAAGGAUUGGGCGUCAUGCUUGGGACCAGAGCACGGCGCGUAACCUCUCGAAUCCGGAUGUUGGCAGGACAGCAGUUGGAUACUGGGUUGGCUGCAGGAGCCAAUCGAGGAAGACCCAGGACUUUGGAUACCAAAGGUUUGAGCGUCAUGCUUGGGACCAGAGCACGGCGCGUAGCCUCUCGGAUCCGGAUGUUGGCAGCGAGGAGCGUGAAAGACUAG